AUGAGUAAAAUCUCUCCCAAAGCUCUGGCAACAACCCCAAGAAUUACAAGUAACAAUUCGUUUGAAGCAACACUUGUCGAUAGUAGAGAUCCCGCCAUUUCGAAUAUUUCUUCACAUAUUGAAAACAUGGUCGGAGCACAGUCAAGAUUGACAAUAGAACAGCUUGAAAGCAAUAGACUCAAACUCGAACAUCUCGAGCUUCUCCGUGUCAAGCAUGGCGAGCGAAAUCACCAUGAAGCUACCAACGCUCCACUCCUCACGAUGCCUGUCAUGGAGCAUGUACAGAGGCAGGACAGCAAGCAGAAAGACCGUCAAUUUCCACAGUACGGACUCAUCGCAGGAGCAAUGGCUAGCGACAACUUGGAGAUGGACAAGGAAACUCGCUCAACAUUAAAUGAAGAUCCUCGCAUCUUUUUCAACAUCGCAACUCCAUCGAGCACAUUUAUUUGUGGGAGUCAGGGCUCGGGAAAAAGUCACACACUUUCUUGCAUGCUGGAGAAUGUUCUUGCUCCAUCUGUCGCCAGUCAGCUACCGCAUCCACUUACGGCUCUGGUUUUCCACUAUGAUACCUUCAUCUCCGAUCGUGGUGGCUCGCCAUGUGAAGCAGCAUUUCUGGCGUCAAACAAAAAUAUCAAAGUCCGUGUUCUCUGCGCGCCAACGAAUCUUGCAACUAUUCAGUUGGCAUAUAGUAAGUUAAACGUCGACAUCGUCCCGUUAAAGAUAAACCAAACGGAUCUGAACACAAAGCGGAUGCUUGACCUGAUGGCAGUGAAGCAAGAUGAUGGUCCCAUGCCACUAUACCUACACACCAUCUAUCGAAUUUUGCGAGAUAUGCGAAUGAAACAACAAAAGUCUGGUGCCUUAUUCGAUUAUGGAGUGUUCAAACAAAUGGUCGGAAACACAACCAUGACACCCGCCCAAUUAGGGCCAUUGACCCAACGCCUGGAAACAUUGGAAAGUUUCAUGAAUGUAGAGCAAACAAAUUUGGCAUCAAUGUCUGGAAAGAAAAAAGCGAAAGGGAUUAAGGGCAUCGAUUGGUCCCCACGAGCUGGUACCUUGACCAUUGUUGAUCUUUCCUGCCCCUGUGUCACUCCCGAAGGAGCUUGUGCACUCUUCAAUAUCUGUCUGAGCAUCUUUCUAGAAGGAGAUACUAAGAUAGGCCGUGUGGUUGCGUUAGAUGAAGCGCACAAGUACAUGAAUAAGUCUGCGGAGGCAUCCACACUGACGGAUACCCUCCUCGCUACAAUUCGUUUACAACGCCAUCUUGGCACACGAAUAAUUAUUUCAACUCAGGAACCCACAGUAUCUCCCGCACUGUUGGACUUAUCCUCUGUGACUAUAGUCCACCGCUUCACAUCCCCAGAAUGGCUAUUGAGCCUGAAGGGUCAUCUCGCGGGUGUCGCAUCUAAACUGAUAGAAAGCGAAGAGUCGCAGAAUGGCAACGCAAAGUCUGAGUUGAGUACGGAGAGGAAAGUGUUUACUGAAACUGUCAAGUUGAAGGUUGGCGAAGCGCUGCUGUUCUCUCCAAGCGCUGUCAUAGGAAUUGGAGACGAAGAUGGGAACGAUUUAAAGAAACUUGGAGCGGGUUACUUGAAAAUACGUGUCAGAUCAAGAUUGACAACUGAUGGUGGAAAGAGCGUCAUGGCGGAAUAG